CCGCUGGCCACCCCACCCCAGGGAAUUCGGAGUCGUUGCAACGCGGGCGCUCGGCGGAUAGGGAGGGGAUGCCUUGGAAAUAAUCAUGCUCCACAGAGGAACAGAUCGGACCUGCAGCUUCUCCAAACACAGCCUCCUCCUCUAAAGCUCCAGAAAACCAAAAGCAUAAUUAUUAGAAGAAUCUUAAAAAUUUUUUUAAUCCAGCCCCUAACCUCACAUGGAAAUGGAAUAAUUAUUCUGGAUUCUGCAUUGGGAAAGCCUCUCCUUUCGCUGCAUUACCCUUGAAUGGAAUCAUUUUUACUUUGAAUUUGCAUCACCUCAAGCCAGAAGAUUAACGCCCCCCACCCCCAAUUUCCCAGCUAAAUUGGAUUUUAAAUUCUCUUUCAUUUCUCCCUUAUCUUUCUUAUGUGGAUAUGCAAGCAAGAAGAGGAGACUGGAUACUCCCAACAUGUUCACUCCCUUAAUCUGUCCGUAUAGAGGUUCUACUUCUACAAACCAAGGGAGUCUAAGAGUCGAAGAUGAAGCCCAGGACAGAGUGCUACUCUCCAAAGUUCUGGUUAGUGCUGGCUGUCUUAGCAGUGUCAGGCAGCAAGGCCCGUGCUCAGAAGAGUCACCCCAGCAUUGGUAUUGCUGUCAUCCUAGUGGGCACUUCAGACGAGGUGGCUAUCAAGGAUGCCCACGAGAAAGAUGAUUUCCACCACCUCUCUGUGGUACCUCGUGUGGAGCUGGUAGCCAUGAAUGAGACUGACCCCAAGAGCAUUAUCACUCGUAUCUGUGAUCUCAUGUCAGACCGCAAGAUCCAGGGUGUGGUAUUUGCUGAUGACACAGACCAGGAAGCCAUCGCUCAGAUCCUAGAUUUCAUUUCAGCCCAGACUCUCACUCCCAUCCUGGGCAUCCAUGGAGGCUCAUCUAUGAUAAUGGCAGACAAGGAUGAUUCCUCCAUGUUCUUCCAAUUUGGCCCAUCAAUUGAACAGCAAGCUUCUGUAAUGCUCAACAUCAUGGAGGAGUAUGACUGGUACAUCUUUUCUAUUGUCACCACCUACUUCCCUGGAUACCAAGACUUUGUCAACAAAGUCCGCAGCACCAUUGAAAACAGCUUCGUGGGUUGGGAGCUAGAGGAGGUCCUCCUGCUUGACAUGUCCUUAGAUGAUGGGGAUUCCAAGAUACAGAACCAGCUGAAGAAGCUUCAAAGCCCUAUCAUUCUUCUUUACUGCACUAAGGAAGAAGCUACCUAUAUCUUUGAAGUGGCUAACUCUGUAGGGCUAACUGGAUAUGGCUAUACGUGGAUUGUGCCUAGCCUGGUGGCAGGGGAUACAGAUACCGUGCCCUCAGAGUUCCCCACUGGGCUCAUCUCUGUGUCAUAUGAUGAGUGGGAUUAUGGCCUUCCUGCCAGGGUGAGGGAUGGGAUCGCCAUAAUCACCACAGCCGCUUCUGACAUGCUAUCUGAACAUAGCUUCAUCCCUGAGCCUAAGAGCAGCUGUUACAACACCCAUGAGAAAAGGAUCUACCAAUCCAAUAUGCUAAAUAGGUAUCUAAUCAAUGUCACUUUUGAGGGGAGGAAUCUGUCCUUCAGCGAGGAUGGCUACCAGAUGCACCCCAAAUUGGUGAUAAUCCUUCUGACCAAGGAGAGGAAAUGGGAGAGGGUAGGAAAGUGGAAAGACAAAAACCUUCAGAUGAAAUACUACGUAUGGCCCCGUGUGUGUCCUGAGACUGAAGAGCAGGAGGAUGACCACUUGAGCAUUGUGACCCUGGAAGAAGCUCCAUUUGUCAUUGUGGAAAGUGUAGACCCAUUGAGUGGAACCUGCAUGAGGAAUACAGUCCCCUGCCAGAAACGCAUUGUCACUGAGAACAAAACGGAUGAGGAGCCAGAUUACAUUAAAAAAUGCUGCAAGGGUUUCUGCAUUGACAUCCUCAAGAAAAUAUCUAAAUCUGUGAAGUUCACCUAUGACCUCUACUUAGUUACCAAUGGCAAGCAUGGGAAGAAAAUCAAUGGAACCUGGAAUGGUAUGAUUGGAGAGGUGGUCAUGAAGCGUGCCUACAUGGCAGUGGGAUCCCUUACCAUCAAUGAAGAACGCUCAGAAGUGGUGGACUUCUCUGUGCCCUUCAUAGAGACUGGAAUUAGUGUUAUGGUGUCACGAAGCAAUGGGACUGUCUCACCAUCUGCCUUCUUAGAGCCAUUCAGCGCUGAUGUGUGGGUUAUGAUGUUUGUAAUGCUGCUGAUUGUCUCAGCGGUCGCAGUCUUUGUCUUCGAAUACUUCAGCCCUGUGGGUUAUAACCGGUGCCUUGCUGAUGGCAGAGAGCCAGGCGGUCCCUCUUUCACCAUUGGCAAAGCUAUUUGGUUGCUGUGGGGGCUGGUAUUUAACAACUCUGUACCAGUUCAGAACCCAAAGGGAACAACCAGCAAAAUCAUGGUGUCAGUGUGGGCCUUCUUUGCUGUCAUCUUCCUGGCCAGCUACACUGCCAACUUAGCUGCCUUCAUGAUUCAAGAGGAGUAUGUGGACCAAGUUUCUGGCCUGAGUGACAAAAAGUUCCAGAGACCGAAUGACUUCUCACCCCCCUUUCGCUUUGGGACUGUGCCCAAUGGUAGCACAGAGAGGAACAUUCGCAAUAAUUAUCUUGAAAUGCAUACCUACAUGGGAAAAUUCAACCAGAGGGGUGUGGAUGAUGCACUGCUCUCUCUGAAGACAGGGAAGCUGGAUGCCUUCAUCUAUGAUGCCGCAGUCCUGAACUAUAUGGCAGGGAGAGAUGAGGGAUGCAAGCUAGUGACUAUUGGUAGUGGAAAGGUAUUUGCCUCUACUGGCUAUGGCAUUGCCAUCCAGAAGGAUUCCGGAUGGAAGCGCCAGGUGGAUCUUGCCAUUCUGCAGCUCUUUGGAGAUGGGGAGAUGGAAGAACUGGAAGCUCUCUGGCUUACUGGCAUUUGCCACAAUGAAAAGAAUGAGGUCAUGAGUAGCCAGCUGGAUAUUGACAACAUGGCAGGUGUCUUCUACAUGCUGGGGGCAGCCAUGGCCCUCAGUCUCAUUACAUUCAUCUGUGAACACCUUUUCUAUUGGCAGUUCCGCCACUGUUUUAUGGGAGUCUGCUCUGGCAAGCCUGGAAUGGUCUUCUCUAUAAGCAGAGGUAUAUACAGUUGCAUCCAUGGCGUGGCUAUUGAGGAGCGCCAGUCAGUGAUGAAUUCCCCCACCGCCACUAUGAACAAUACACAUUCUAAUAUCCUGCGCCUACUUCGUACUGCCAAGAAUAUGGCUAACUUGUCUGGCGUCAAUGGAUCCCCCCAGAGUGCCCUGGACUUUAUCCGCCGUGAGUCAUCUGUCUAUGACAUUUCUGAGCAUCGUCGCAGCUUCACACAUUCUGACUGUAAAUCCUACAACAAUCCCCCCUGUGAAGAGAACCUCUUCAGUGACUAUAUCAGUGAGGUAGAACGAACUUUUGGCAACCUUCAGCUGAAGGAUAGCAACAUGUACCAGGACCACUAUCACCACCACCACCGGCCCCACAGCAUUGGCAGUGCAAGCUCCAUUGAUGGGCUUUAUGACUGUGACAACCCACCCUUCACCACCCAACCGAGGUCAAUCAGCAAGAAGCCAUUAGACAUUGGCCUGCCAUCAACCAAACAUAACCAGCUAAGUGAUUUGUAUGGCAAGUUCUCUUUCAAGAGUGACCGUUUUGGUGGCCAUGAUGACCUAAUCCGCUCAGAUGUUUCAGAUAUUUCUACUCACACAGUAACCUAUGGAAACAUUGAAGGCAAUGCGGCCAAGAGGCGGAAGCAGCAGUAUAAGGACAGCUUGAAGAAGCGUCCGGCUUCAGCCAAGUCACGGCGAGAAUUUGAUGAGAUUGAGUUAGCCUAUCGCAGGCGGCCGCCCCGCUCCCCGGACCACAAGCGCUACUUCAGGGACAAAGAAGGGCUACGGGACUUCUAUCUGGACCAGUUCCGAACAAAGGAGAACUCUCCUCACUGGGAGCAUGUGGAUCUUACGGAUAUCUACAAGGAACGGGGAGAUGACUUCAAGCGUGAUUCGGUCAGUGGGAGCAGUUCCUGUGCCAACAGAUCUCACCACAAGCAUGGAACCAGUGACUUUGGAGCCAACGAGCGCAAACAUGGUGUCGUCAGUGGUGUGCCGGCACCAUGGGAGAAGAACCUGACUAACCUCGAUUGGGAAGACAGACCAGGCGGGAACUUCUGCCGCAGCUGCCCCUCUAAGUUACACAACUAUACCACACCAGUGGUGGGGCAGAACUCCAGUAGGCAGGCCUGCAUCCGGUGUGAAGCUUGCAAGAAAGCAGGCAACCUCUAUGACAUCAGUGAGGACAACUCCCUCCAAGAGCUCGAUCAGCCCGCUGCCCCGGUGGCAGUGACGUCAAAUGCCUCUACCACCAAGUACCCUCAGAGCCCAUCGAAUUCCAAGGCACAGAAGAAGAACCGGAAUAAGCUACGUCGGCAGCACUCCUACGACACCUUCGUGGACUUGCAGAAAGAAGAAGCAGCUCUGGCCCCCCGAAGCGUAAGCCUGAAGGACAAGGGCCGUUUCCUAGAAGGGAGCCCCUAUGCCCACAUGUUUGAGAUGCCAAGCGGUGAGACCAACUUUGCCAACAACAAGCCCUCAGUGCCCACUGUCGGACACCACCACCACAACAAUCCUGGCGGCGGUGGCUACAUGCUCAGCAAGUCGCUCUACCCUGACCGGGUCACACAAAACCCUUUCAUCCCCACUUUUGGGGAUGACCAGUGCUUGCUCCAUGGCAGCAAAUCCUACUUCUUCAGGCAGCCCACGGUGGCGGGGGGAACGAAAGCCAGGCCGGACUUCCGGGCCAUCGUCACCAACAAGCCAGUGGUCUCGGCCCUUCAUGCGGCUGUACCAGGCCGUUUCCAGAAGGACAUCUGUAUAGGGAACCAGUCCAACCCCUGUGUGCCUAACAACAAAAACCCCAGGGCUUUCAAUGGCUCCAGCAAUGGGCAUGUUUAUGAGAAACUUUCUAGUAUUGAAUCUGAUGUCUGA